AUGACUGAUACAACUGACAAAUCCGCCAUUCGGCAAAGCCUCUUUGUCGGCAAUGCGGGGCCCAGUGCGAAUGCCGACCCCAACCGCUCUAACCACAAAGACGCCAAAAUACAAACGAUAACCGAUCUUGCCCGUCAAAAUGUUGCGCCUUUCCUUGCAAAAUACCAGCCGAGAAAAUACGCGCCUUUGCGUUCGCAAGUUUCGAACCCCGCCGAACAGCGCCUCGUUAACGCGAGCUACUGUUACCGCCACCAACCUGAUUUCAAGUGUGGCAAACGACAAGCAGACGAGCAGUCUAUGACUCAGCUACAGUCUGAGUUGAACGGUCUUCCUCAAGAUGAUCAGCAGGGAAUUGCCCACGUUUGGUCGCUAUUCUCUGCUGCUCCUGCGAAACAGCGCACACUGAUGCUUCAAGGAAUUCUCGCGCAGUGCUGCUUCCCUCAACUCUCCUACAUCUCCGCCAGUGUCCGUGAACUGAUUCGAAUCGACUUCCUUGCCGCUUUGCCUCCAGAGCUUUCUUUCAAAAUCUUACAGUACCUCGACACGGCUUCACUGUGCCGCGCCGCACAGGUUUCUCCUCGCUGGAGAGCUCUAGCCGAUGACGAUGUGGUGUGGCAUCGAAUGUGCGAGCAGCAUAUCCGUCGAAAGUGUAACAAGUGUGGUUGGGGUCUCCCUCUCCUGGAUCGCAAGCGUCUCCGUGAAGCAAAGCGUGAAAUCGAGCUGCGUGCUACGAACUGGGGAAACAAUGAGCCCGCUGUUGCGCCUGCUGAAGCCGCCGUCACCGAGCCUUGCUCUGCUGUUGACCCCGAUGCCAAUGGAAAGCGCAAAUUGGAUACCGAGGAAGAAAAUCUCACCCUCGUAAAGCGCCAUUGUGCGUCGCUCCCUCAAUCCCCCGAAGAGGACGAAAGCUACUUCAAAACACGUUACCGACCCUGGAAAGAGGUGUACCGUGAUCGAUUUGUGGUCGGUAUGAACUGGAAGCACAAGCGCUGCUCUGUCAAAUUGUUCAAAGGGCACCGUGACAGUGUGAUGUGUCUGCAAUUCGAGGACAACAUAUUGAUGACUGGGUCUUAUGAUGCUACUGUCAAGAUCUGGGACACUGAUACCGGCGAAGAACUGCGAACCCUGAAAGGUCACACAUCUGGAGUGCGAUGCCUCCAGUUUGACGACACAAAGCUGAUUACUGGCAGCUUGGAUCGCAGCAUUCGUGUAUGGAACUGGCGCACCGGUGAAUGUCUUUCCAAGUACAACGGACACACUGAAUCUGUUAUUGCCCUCCACUUCGAUUCCACCCUUCUUGCCUCCGCUUCUGUCGACCACACUGUCAAGAUUUGGAACUUCAAGGAUAAAUCCACUUUUAUUCUACCUCACCCCGAAGGUGUUAAUGCUGUCAAAAUCGACACGGCUUCGCGCACCGUUUUGACUGCCUGUGACGAUGGUGCCGCACGCCUCUGGGACCUGGACACCAAGACUUGUAUCCGAGUCUUCCACAACCACAUCGGAUCCGUUCAGCAAGUUGUGGCCCUCCCUCGCGAAAUUGAACUUGAGAACCACCUCGCCGAUUGUGAAAACGACCACGUCAGCACAGCCUCUCAAAACGGCGACCUCCUCAGCUCCCUUUCUCCCGUUCUCGAGCAUAAGUCGCUUUCUCUCCAGCCCUCGUCUUUCGGCUCGUCUUUCGAUCAGGGUGAAGACCGUGUGGAGCCCCCACGCUAUAUCAUCACCAGCGGCGUGGAUGCCACUAUCCGACUGUGGGAAACAAGCACCGGAAGAUGCCUACGUACCUUCUUUGGCCACCUGGAAGGUAUUUGGGCCCUUUCUGCUGAUACCCUGCGCAUUGCCUCUGGUGGAAUGGAUCGCAUGGUCAAGAUCUGGGACCCUCGUAUUCCUACCUGCCAAGAUACCUACGAAGGUCACAGCGCAGCUGUUAACUGCAUUGGCCUCAGCGAUAGCCGGUUUAUUACCGGCGGCGAUGACUACCAUGUCCGCAUGUACGAUUUCCGGGCCUAA